GGAUGUUUAUUAGUUGGUGUUUUUUAAUUUUUUUUCCUCAAUAUUUAACAAAUUAAAAAACCAAAUAAAUAUUAUUUUUUAAAACAACUAGCUUGGCUGGCCGGGCCGUAGGUUGGGUACCACUGGUCUAGUAGGGCAUAGGCCAUAGAUCAUAAACGAAAUAAACAGUAAUUGUGCAGUAGUGCUGUGUGCAUUUAGUUUUAGUAGUUAAGUGGUUAAGUCACUGUAGCAGCUGCUUGCUGUCUACUCCCAUCGAGUGACAAAUCGCAACCCGCUAAUUGUCUGUUAUCGUUCAUUUUGUUCCCUUUUUUGUUUAUCGUCUCUCAGUCAAUUAACUCGUAAUAAUAUAUAACCAAGAGGAUAGGUUUGGUUUAAAAUUUGUGUUACUCGAGGUAUGUAAUUGUGGUGACGAUGGGCUGUGUUUAUAGCAGUAGAAAAACUUUACCACCUUUUUUCUUCAAAGUUAUAAAUAUAGACGACAAUGGCAGAGAAAAAUACCAUGGCCAAAUGGAAAUCGCUACUUCCAACCUGAUAUUGCAUAAAACCGGAGAACCGUCUAUAAUAUGGCCGUUGAGCACGAUUCGCCGCUAUGGAUACGAAGACUUUAUGUUCUGCUUUGAAGCCGGCCGCUCGUCUCCAUUUGGCCAAGGCAUAUUUGCGUUCAGAAGUAAAGACGCUAAAAACAUUUUCAACGCCGUCAAAGAAAAACUACAGAUUGAAAGUGAAAAAGAUCCAGUCAAAGAUAUCGCUUCUGAAGUACGUAAUUAUUCUGGUCAGUCAUAUACAAGUACUAAUACAAUUGAAAAAGUCUAUGACGAAUUCAAUUUCAAUGGACAAAGGUUUUGUAGCGAGUCAAACAGCAACUUUCAACCUCCUGAUCUCAUGCUGGACCCAGAUACUKCAUUUUUACCAAGACCUUCAUACGUAAACAUGCUGAACGACAAUGAAGAAGACGAUUUGUUCAAUGAUCCAUUUGAGUUACCCAAAGAUACACCCACUUAUACUGAAGUGGAAAUAGCUGCUUGCACACCUAAAAGGAAGAGUGAGUCGUUACCUACUUCCCCCACAGAAAUACCUAGUUAUACAGCAAUUGAUUUCAAUCAAACAAUGCAUUUAAGUCAGAAAAUGCUUAGAGGAAGCGAAGAUGCUGGCAUCAGGAAAACUAGGCAUGAUUCUACGAUGAGCAAUCCUUAGUGUUCUUGGAACCAACACAAUUUGGAGACCAAUUAUAAAUAUAUAUUCAACCAAAUGUGUAGCACCAGCAUAUUUAUGAGGAUCUUUAUUUGCUCGUUGUCUACAUAAAUUAUUUCUUGUUUUGAGUCAUAAUUUUGCUUCCCAACUUUUUAUUGUUUUGGUACCUCCUU